CUCCGAUUCGCCUUGUCAGAGUCUGAGCACUGUGAGAACGAGAGGAGGUCCAUGAAGUUUGGGAAAGUAGCGGAUGGAGAGGAAUGGGAGGGAGGAGUGCCGCCAGCCAAUUCUCUUUAAACUGGCUUAUACGGAUGGGGAACUUUAAAAGAAAGAAAGAAAGAAAACAUUAAAGUAAUUGGAGAUCGAUGUGUGUAAAUCACGAGACGUUCAAAGCCGCAGACUUUCCGUUGUUCAACGUGGCACGCAAAAGUUGCUGCGCAGCUGAAGCGAAUAUGGGACAAUUGCGGAGUGGGAGCGGACCGAGCCGCAGCUGCGCCGAUGGCAUGAGCACAAUAGCGCGAUCGGGGUCCCGGCGCCGCCGCUGAUCGGCCGCUCCGCGUCUUUGCCGCCCGCCUUGUUUUGCCUGGGAAGCGCAUGAGCUCCGUGCAGGACUGGGGGGAGGAGGUGGAGGAGGGGGCCAUAUACAAUGUAACUCUGAAGAGGGUCCAGAUCCAUCAGGCGGCCAACAAGGGAGCACGAUGGCUGGGGGUGGAUGGGGACCGGCUCCCCCCGGGCCACACGGUCAGCCAGCUGGAGACGUGUAAGAUCCGCAGCAUCCGGGCCGGCACGCUGGAGCGGCUGGUGGAGACGCUGCUUACGGCCUUCGGCGACAAUGACCUCACCUACACCAGCAUCUUCCUGUCCACUUACCGCGCCUUCGCCUGUACUGAGGGGGUGCUGCAGCUGCUGCUUGAUAAGUACGGAUACGGCAGCGUGGAGGACGAGGGAGAUGGAGACCAGCAACGGCCUGACACGAGGGCGGAAAUCCAGAACGUCCUGGCCUCCAUCCUGCGAGCCUGGCUGGACCAGUGUCCCGAGGACUUCCAGGAGCCGCCCUCGUACCCGAGCCUGCGCAGGGUCAUGGAGUUCCUGCAGAGGGCGCUGCCUGGCUCAGAAGCGCUACGUAGAGCGCAGAGUCUGCUGGAGGUGCUGCAGAGCCAGGCCAUCCUGGAGUCUGAGACUGACGGCGGUUUACAGGGUAACAGCCCCUUCUGCCUCGGGGAGGAAGAGGAAGAGGAAGAGGAGGCGCAGGACUUCCUGUCCUUUGGUACCGAUUUGGUGGCAGAGCAGUUGACUUACAUGGAUGCGCUUCUGUUCAAGAAGGUGGUUCCCCAUCACUGCCUGGGCUCCGUGUGGUCCCGACGCGACAAGAAGCAGAACAAGCAGAGUGCCCCCACCAUCCGAGCCACCAUCACGCAGUUCAACGCCGUGGCGGCCAGUGUGGUCAGCACCGUGCUCCGUCAGCGACACAUUCGCCCCCACCUGCGAGCUCGAGUCAUCCAGCACUGGAUCGACAUUGCCCAAGAGUGCAGAAUUCGCAAGAAUUUCUCCUCCCUGCGAGCCAUUAUCUCGGCACUGCAGUCCAAUCCCUUGUACCGCCUGAAGAGGGCGUGGUCCUGCGUGCACAAGGACAGCAUGCAGGUGUUUGAGGAACUUUCGGAUAUCUUCUCCGAUCACAACAACUACCUGACCAGCCGGGAGCUGCUGAUGCGGGAGGGCACCUCAAAGUUUGCCAGUCUGGAGAGCUGUGCUAAGGAGCACCAGAAACGAUCUCACAAGAGGCUGCAGCUUCAGAAAGAAAUGGGUGCCAUGCAGGGGACAAUCCCCUACCUGGGGACCUUCCUGACAGACCUGACCAUGCUGGACACGGCCCUGCCUGACCUGGUUGAGGGGGGUCUGAUCAACUUUGAGAAGAGGCGCAGGGAAUUUGAAGUCAUUGCGCAGAUCAAGCUGCUGCAGUCGGCCUGUAACAGCUACUCGCUGCACCCUGACCGCCGCUUCCUGCGCUGGUUCCACUGCCAGCCCCAGCUCACUGAAGAGGAGAGCUACACCCUGUCCUGUGAGAUCGAGGGAGUGGGAGAUUGCAGCCCUACCUCCCCAAAGGCGAGGAAGAGCAUGGUGAAGAGGCUGAGUCUGCUGUUUCUGGGAGCCGAAACUGGCAUGGCAAGCUCUCCUGUGAGGGAGAACCCUAGGUCGCCACCUGCUGGCAGCUCUGGGGAAAGCAUGGACUCGGUCAGCGUGUCCUCCAAUGACUCCAGCAGCCCGUCGGACAGCGAGGGCUUGACGCCCACACACAUGCCUAACAUGGCACAGAAGUUGUCAGAAUCCUCCUCCUGCUCCUCUCUGCACUCCAUGGACACGAUGUCGUCGUCAUCAGCCAGCAUCCCCCUGAUCCCGGCCUCCCCGACGCCGUCAGGCUGCUCCUGCUCCCACCGCCGCACCCCCUCCCUGACUCCUGCCUCCCCCUCGUCCCCCAGCCUGCCCCCCGCCUACAACACGCAGGCACAGGACGCCUGCAUCAUCCGCGUCAGCCUGGAGCAGGGCAACGGAAACAUGUACAAGAGCAUCAUGCUGACCAGCCAGGACAAAACCCCUGCAGUUAUCUCACGCGCCAUGACCAAGCACCACCUGGAGGGGGAGCCGGUGGACACCUACGAACUGGUGCAGGUCAUCUCUGAGGAAAGAGAGCUUGUGAUCCCGGACAACGCCAAUGUCUUUUACGCCAUGAACACGUCGGCCAACUUCGACUUCCUGCUGCGCAUGCGUGGCUCUGCCGGGCGCCCCGUCCAGCUGCGCAGCCGCUGCAGCUCCACCCUCCCGCGUGCGCAGCAGAGGACCAGCCUGUCGCUGAGACUCAGCAAGGUCACAUUGUGACACCCCUAUGGGGGGAUUGGGGGGGGGGGAAGCUUGGGAAGCAGAUCAUAGGGACAGACUGGACAUGAGGAGGAAGGGAGACUGGCCUCAGUCACCCCCCCCCCCCCCCCCCCCCCCCCCCCCCCCCCCGGACUUGUCGGCUGCUCUCCAUUGGCCCGUGUCCCCCAUGCCCCACCCCCUCACCAUGUAUGGGCAUACAGAUUGUUGCUACCAGUCCCACGUAUGCAGGAGAGUCUCUGUCCCACUGCAGUUCUUCGCUGUUCGGCCGCAGCUCUCCCCUCAUCUGCGUCGAAGACCGAGUCCCGGCCAGUACCGGGUUCCCCGGUUCCGGUCCUGGGGGGGGCAGUUUGCAGAUUCCCCUGUUCGGACACACCUACUAAAUCUGGCAAGUAACUGGUGAGCUAAGAUUUGUUUAAGCAGGGAACUCUGCUGGAUUCUGGCUCCCAGGACUGGAAGUGGGGAACCCUGCUAUAGGGAGAGGACCUUCGGGACGCCGUCGCCAUUGGUGAUGACAGAAACCAUUGUAUUCCGCCCCCCGGUCUUCUGUCAGGGCAUGCAUCUCUCAUACUGCGAGCUGUGUGACGAAUGCAGUACUACUACUGCAUUCUGAUUGGCUCCGGCUAGGGGGUGCAUCUCCAGGCCCUCGAGAGGCAUCAGUGGUGUUUUAGGGCCCGGGGCCCCGUGUCCCCUGGAGGCUCAGCCAGAGACCGGAAGCUGCGCUUGCUGACGGGUGGCUGUUGUCAAUGACUGUGAGGGAGGGGCUCACUGUGGAGUAGGGGGGCACCACAAUGUAGUGAUCAUUUACCUGUAUAACCUCUAUUCAGCACAAGGUUAAAUAUGUCUGUCUUUUGUAUGUGGGGGGAGGGAGGGGGGCUUUAUAAGAAAGUAUUUACUGUGGGAGGUACGGGAGGAUCUGUGAAUAGUUUUGUAUUCCCACCUGUUCGAUUUAUUAAAUUGUUUAAAAGUUAAACACAGACGUACAGGCCUAGAAAGUCACAGGAAAAGAGGGUGUCACCACGUUGGCUGCUGUUGUCAUGGAUACUGUGGUGUGUAUCCCAGAUUCACUUUGAUGUAGAAGAUGGUCCCCACUGUGCCAGUUUGAUGGCACCAGGGGCGGGGCUGUCUGUCUGUGGCCACCCCUUCAGCCCAGUUUCAUCCACACUGUCACCUGUCCCUCCCCCCUGGCUGCCCCCUGCCUGAUAGAUCCAUCUCGCUCCUAUCAGCCCCACGUGCUGUUGCUGCACCGUCGCUCACCCGCGUGACCGUCCCCUGCUUCACGUCAGCAAUGGCCGCCGCCUUUGUCACUUAAGUGCCUGUGGAAAAGUGUGUAAGACGAGUCAUGCUGUGCACCCAUAUCGCUCUGCAGCUGAAACGCCACCAGCAUCUACGAAUCGCCCCCCCCCCCCAGAUGUGGACUGACCUGCUGCACGUGCUGCUUGUUCCUCUGACACGUGCAUUUCGUUCACCUUACCAAUCCGCCCUCUACACUCUUGCCUGCCGCGUGCUAUCGCUGUGGGAUGGGUGAACAGUCACAAUAAGGGGUUUACAAGUGUGCACACAUUACAUUAAUGACGUGCACUCCUCUGCUUCUGGAUACGAUGAUGUGCUUGUGUGAAACGGUGGGCACAGGUGCGGUCAGCCCAGACUAAUGAUGUAUCUAUCAAUCUCGUAUCACACUGCACUUAUGGAAUUCCCCCUUCCUCACCAAAGAAUUCUGUACCAACAAAAGUAAAUAAAUAAUUUAUCACUAACUUCA